AUGAUACCGGUGAGUAUUGUUACACCGCAGUCUGUGGGUUCAGUUGAGCAGAUUGGUGAACAUUCCUCGUCUCUGUCUGUACAAAAUAUUCCUGUUCAACAAGAUUCCGUUUCUUACCUAAACUCUCACGCUACUGUACAUAUGAAUGAUGGCCAGAAUGAGUCUAGUAGUAUUUAUCUUACAGACCAAGAGUUACAUCUAGAUUCAUUCUUUCCUAACUCUCCACUGGGCAUCACCAGAGAUCCUCAUUGUGACGAUAAUGGUGAAGAACAAAAUCGUAUAUCUAGUUUUGAACUAAUUAGCCGCUUAAUCGAUGCUGAGGGUUUAAUUGAGUUGGGUUACAUACCGUCAAGUUGUAAUUCAGCUCCAGCGAUUGAUGUAGCCAGUUUAUCAGAUCUGGAAGAAGUGACGUCAAAGACAUUGUUGUGGUCUUCAAAUGGUGAUGAUGUCGAUUCUUUCAAUUUCGAUGACCUGAGUAAUAAAAUCAAUGAGAGUAACACCAACAAUGCUGAUACUAAAUUAAGUUGUAACAGCAAGACUUUGGAGCACCGGCCAACUUUGACGUCUGAAUAUAUAUCUGUUGAUUUCAACCCGCUAAACAGUACUAGCGCUUUAGUACCCAUUAUCUCAUUACCAUCUGAUACAAAUUUACAAACUGUACCGUCACUUGAAUCAAGCGAAUAUGAAAAUUUUCAAGCACACUAUAAAACAAAUACUCCUUUAGAUAAUGUUCAAUCACUGCCUUCUAAUACAGUACCUGAUGAUCUUGGACCACUUAACAUUACUUCUUAUUCAAUGGGAUUAGUUGGGGCAGAUAUACCUUCAAUAACACGACCAUCAUCUAUACAUCAAUCUCCUACUGAUCAUCAUGCACCUCAUCCAAUAAUAAAACCUAAUCAUAUACCUUAUUCUUACUCUCCGUUAACUCCAUUGUCUAGUGUACAAAUUCGCAGAAGUAUACAUGAAAGUAGUUUUGUAAUUGAUAAUCAGGUUUUUCCAAUUGAUAACAUUUGUAAUCAGCAAUUACGGACUGACUCUUUCGUUAAAAAUAAGUAUUCAUCAGAUUAUCAAGAAUAUCCAGGUGCUCCUAAAUGCUUUCCUACAGUUCAAACUCUAGAGUUAUUCACUUCACAUUCAUCUGACUUACCCCAUAGCUCACCAUAUUCUUUGAAGAAUGUUGGGAAAUCACCUAAACAUAUGUCAAAUGACACAAAACUCAUCAGAUAUCCUGAACUUCUACAAAAGUUGGCGAAAAUUGCAAUUCUAACAUUCCUGGUCCCAAUCUACCGUUCAUUUCUCAUUCUCCAUAUUCCAGUCGAACUCAGUCUUCAUCUUGUUCGAUUAGACAACAGUUUGCAACUGCUCCGAGUCAUCCACAACUUCAUGUAA